GUCAAAAUUCUAUUCAAGUUCGUGUAACAUUUUGGAAAAAACUACUAAAACACAACAAAAUUAACAAUGACUUCCGUAUUGUUAUCACAUGUUAAAAAGGAUGUGUCAAAACAAAGCUUACCUCCACACGUCGAGUGUAAACGGGCCCAAUCUUCCGGCACAGUCUCCGCAGAUCAUCAAAAAGAACACUCCAAAAAUAACUUGGUUGGAAGAAGAUGUAUGAGCUUAAUACCUAUUCACAUACAAAAAAGACAUAAAACAAUUGGAUUCGAACAAAGUCCUUCUACUCCGGCAUCUCACAUUGAUCGAAAGCCAGAUAACGAGACGAAUAACCAGCAACGGCCGCAAGGGAAGUCGCUUCGAACUUUUGCAACGAAGAAGAGGGAAUUCAUGAAGUUGAGAAAUAACUUGAUGAGUCAACAAAAUAUGUUGUUGGAGCAAUACGCCGCUCUGAAAGAACUGGAAUCUAAAGCUGGCGUGACAGACGUCGCCUUGGAGGAGAUGCGGGUCCUAUCCAUCAAGGGCUGGCCGGCUCACGACCUUCUGCUACUGAUACGCGAUGACCUCGCGAUGCCAACGAACUCCGAGAUAAGCGGUGUAAUAGGCUCCCAUGUAGUGCAGCAGAUACAGGCGCAGCUCAACUCCAUACCGCAACAAGUACUGGCCAUGGCCUCCGAAAUCAUGAAACGAAGGCUCGAUCUUCUGACGCUGUUGCGCUCCAAACGCCGAGCUGAUCGAAAUACGUAUCAGGCGAACAUCGAGUGGAAAAAUAAAAACGCUGAAUUGGACAACGAGUCUGAAACUCUACGUAAACUGGUUACGGGGUUGACAGAAAAUUUGAAAGCCAAAAUUAUUUCCUCACUUGAAUUAGCAAAAAUUUCUUGGAAGGAUCGGGAUGCGAUUAUAAAGAAAAUUGACAAGGUACAAAAAGAAAACGUUAAGCUGCUAAAUAAACUCGAGGAAGUCACAAAAAGUACCGAACCUCCUGUGACAGAACAUAAGGCAGAGGAACCGAAGAUGCAGCAGGAUCUAUCAGAAGAGUUGAAGAAAGAACGAAGUGAGAAGGAAUCUUUGAAGGAAGUUGUUUCGGCAGCGGAGAAUAUGCUUCGGGCUGCGAGAACCAAAAUAACUAUGUUAGAACGACAGCUCAAAGACAGAAACUCCGAGAUAGAAGUUGUUAAACGCAAGCACAAGGAGUUGGAGCAACUGUAUCGUCACCGAGAGAGCCAUUUUGAUACGCAAUCCAAGAAACUGUUACAAGUUUCCAAAACCGGUGAAAACGCAAUCGACACCCUGACGCGACAGCGAGACGCUUUAGAAAUGAGAGUGAAGGAGUUGAGGGAACAAGCGGAACAAGCAGAGUGCGCGGCGGCGGCGCGGGCGGCGGAGAUGCGCGCGCGCACUGACUCCCUGCUGGCGAAGGUAGCGCGACAGGGAAAAGCCCAAAAAGCAGCGGAAGAUCGUAUAUUUGAACUGGAAAAUCAUAUAAAGCAAUUACAGUCAAAAUUAUCAGUUAUGAGGGAGAGCUCCAGUCGCUUGAUUGAUGUACAGAAACAACAUCGUCUUGACUACGUUCCUUCAAAAGAGAAAGAACCCUCGCAAAGGGAUACAGAUUUGUGGAAGAAAUUGCAAGCGACGCGAAGAACUUUGGUCCGCACUGAGGAAGCACUACGACAGAGUCGCACAGAAAAAGAUAAAUUCCUCGAUUCUUUAUCAAAAAUUGCACAAAGCGAAGGAGCGGCAAAGGAAGAAAAUUUAGCGAACGAAUUGGUAAGCAGAGAAAAGAAAAUAAUUAAGCUUCAGCAAAUUAUAUCGGAGCAUCAAGAAAAAGAAAAAAAAUUGGAACAAAAUGUAUCUGAGUCCGAAAAGAAAAUAGGAGAGCUGACAUUAGAAGUUAGAAGAUUAAGAAACUACGAUUGCUACUCUAAAGAGAUUCCUCAUCAAGAUUUGCAAACCGAGCUGCUGGUUCUGCAAACGCAAGUGGAGAGCCUGUCUCGUGAGCGCAAGGCGCUGGUGAACGUCGCCGCCUCCAGGGCGCUGAUGCUGGAGCGACACGAGCGGGCCGCCGCUCUCUUCGCCCACGUCACCAGAGCUCGGAAGGAACUGGAGGGAUACUUGGAGAAUGAGGCGCAUCCGAGCACAGAUUCUGUCCCUGAGGCAACUCGCUCUUUGUCGUCAAUCUGUGCAAGCGGCGCGAGUGUUUGGUCAGCGCUCAAGGCAGAGCGAGCACGAGUUCUCGCGUUGGAGAGUGCUGUCCUCUCCCAAAAUUUACAAUUAGAAAGAGAAGAGCGAGUCAGAACUCAGUUGGAGCGACGCAGGGCUGUUUUAGAAAGGGAAUUGAUACGUGCAAGACAUUCGUCAGCGUCUAAUGCUGUAUUGGACGGGCCAAGUACUACAUUUGAAUAAUAAAUUUUUGCGCUACUUCCUACCUACAAGUGGAAUUGUUUCGUCAUCUCGUUCAUGAAACAAUACAUUUAUUUCAACAGUCAAUAGAUAAAAUAUAUUAUUUUAUGAAAUCAA